GCUUCUGAAGUUAUACCUCGCCGCUUUCAACGCCUCCUCGAACCAUUUGUGGGUCCGCAUUUCUCCCAUUUUCUCGAUUCUUUGAAGCGCAAUGGUGCAGUCAUCACUGGUUCUGUAUCACGUGCCAUGGUGUCCGGCAAUGAGAUUUGAUACGUUAGUGGUGCGGCAAGUUGCGGCGCCCCGAAUAUCACAUCAGCAUCCAAAUUCAACCCCAGUUUUAGGAGCCUUGAAUCCUGCACCGACCAUGACUGACUUCGUGUAUAUCCAUUUAUCUCUUCCAAAGCUUCAGGAUGAGCCAAAUUUGCGAUGGGUGCUUUCCUUUCGUGUCCUUGUUGCACGUAUACUUCCCUGGUCAUUGCAUCCCUACGCACUUAUUCGGUAUAUGUGCUUCGCCACAACGGGUGCUCGCGGGGAGUUAUCUCUUUCGUCGCAAUAUCCAGUCAACCCCGUCGCAUACAACUCUCCAACCCUAUCCGAUGACACCCCAGACCUCCAUGUUUACUAUCAUGUUCAAGAAGAUCAACGACCUUACACAUUCCCUAUCAAUCCUAUCCGUCCGAUUGAUGGUCGGGACACUCCGACCCCCACUGAAAAAUUCAAGAAUGGAGUGGCUGAGAGGGAUGGCGGCACGUGCAUCGUCAGCCACUUGCGAAGUGACUUGUGUGAAGCAGCUCACCUCAUAGAUGUCAACAACGGCAAUAAAUACAUUGAAAAGCUUACCACUUUACGAUCUUUAAACUACCCAAAUCCUCAAAUUAUCCGGGACGUAGACGACUUGCGGAAUGGCCUGUUUUAUUCGUACUGAUUCCGCCGUUCAUGGGGUUAUCGGUCGCAUUUUUACCAAUCCCCAAUGUAUAUAUGACAUCGGAUGACAUCAACAGCCGCACUCCUGCAAACUCAUAGCCUCAUCCUUCACGAUCUUGACCCCCCAGAGGACCUUCCACAGCUCCACGUUUUAGCCUUGCCUGAUGGUGGCCGACUCCGCA